CGGAGGCCUAGACCCGUUUCGAUACUGAGAGGGAGCCUUCACUCGAAUAAAAUGGAGGUGGCGACGGCGACGGAGGCGUCGGCACCGGCGGCGAGCGGUGGCGCGGCGCCGCAGAACCACCCGUUCCCGUGGCUCGACGCGGCCAUCUCCGAGCCCUACUACUUCCUCCACCUCCUCGCCUUCUUCUCCUACUUCGCGGCCCGCAGCGCGGCGCUCGCCGCCGACGACGGAGGGGAGCUCCACCACCGCCUCCUCCGCCGGGAGAUCCAGGCAGUGCUCGUGUUCCUCGUGCUCUUCGUAGUGAAGAUUGUGAAAGAGGAAACCUGGGAAACAUUCAUUGCUGAUUCACUGCUCUAUGCAAAGGGCUUAUUGCUGGCAGUUACUUUGGUUAUCGACUAUUGGUUGGCCCUUGGCUACUUUCUGGGAUUUGUUGUUAUAUAUGCUGUAGCUCAACAACCACCUUAUGAUGGCCUAGGCCAUUCAAAUCACUUGACCCCAUUGCAACUUGAAAGUCUGCUAACUGAAGAGCCAACAUCACGAUUUUGGCUGGUUGAAUUCCGAACUUCGUUUUCAGCAACGUGUAUACAAGCAAGCAGUGUUCUGCCUGAACUCUCUAAUAUAUACUCCAACAAGAACAUCUCUUUUGGAAUAAUUGACCUUGGGCAUUUUCCCAAUGCUGCAGCAAAGUUUGGCAUAUCCAUGUGGGAUCAUCUUCCCACUUACAUAUUGUUUGACAAGGCGACUGAAGUUGCUCGGUUCCCGGAAGUAACAAGUGAAUCAAAAGUAUUUGUGCCAAAAGUUACUAAGAAACUUCUUUGCCAGCAUUUUGAUCUUGACAGACGAUUGAUUGAAUACCUAUCUACCUGAUCCAUCAUCUAUCCCAGAUGUCUCAAAAGGAUAGGGGGCAUUUCCCUUUUGUCGUGGAACCGGACAUCUGUGUGGCAACAAUCACUUCAGGGUAUCUUGAGGCUUGUAUUGCUUAUGCCCUUUUAAUCAAGGCUUUGUUAUGUGGUGGAAAACGCGAUUUAAAUCUUACCAUCUGUCAGCUACUGAAUUAUGGAAUUUUUACUGCCCUGCAGAGAUUUUCUGUAAUGAUUUGCCGAUUAUGUUUUAUCACUGCAGCAGCAGUCAAUUCAGACACCAUUCAUUUCCACUGAGCAGGGGUGCCCCGGAAUUUGUUGGCCACCCCACCUUUUCCGAGUGUUAGUGGCCUGCACGGUGGCAGAAUUGAAGUUGCAGGAGGCAGCACGGAACCAUCGUUUUCGAGAAAAUUAUUGGCAGCAGAAGCUGGGAAGCGGCAGCGGGGCUCCACGGCCGAUUCCCCGUCGCGUUUAAAGAAGAAGGCGAAGCGGCUCGACCGUGUGUGAAGCCCCCCAGCUCCGGCCCGCUUCCAAAGGCUCCACCACCAAUCCUCCUCGUGCUUGCCGAUGUCCGGGCGGUAGAGGAAAGCGGCACCGGUGCUCCGGCCAUGGCCUCUCGCCCCCUCCGCCCAUGACCCCAUGCCAUUCUUCUACUCCUACCAACGCCCCAGCCACAUGCGUCGUCGUCCUUUUCCUCUCCCAACUUGAUCCCCACGUCGCCAAUGCUCGCGUGCCACGACCAGCAGCGCACGGGUGGAUAGAGCUACUAGAUAGAGCUGAGCUGACUGCUAUUCUGAGUCUGAGCUCGCACAGGUAGUAGUACUAGCUAGGCUGCUAGCUACCAAGCUCUACUCCCGCCAUAGCUCUAGCGGAGACGUUGGUGAGCUGCUAGGACGACUAGGAGGUUAAAUUUGGGCGGGUGUGGGUACGGUGGUGCCUGAGUUCUUGGGCAUUGCGGCGGCCGCCGGCGGGCCGUGUCCGGGGAGAUAGCUAGGGAGAUUUCUUGUGUCGAUCGUCGUCUAUGGUGACGGCGAAGGAGGCCGCGGCGGCCAUGGACGCGAGCAAGUACGUGCGGUACACGCCGGAGCAGGUGGAGGCGCUGGAGCGGCUCUACUACGAGUGCCCCAAGCCGAGCUCGCUGCGCCGCCAGCAGCUCGUCCGCGACUGCCCCGUCCUCGCCAACGUCGACCCCAAGCAGAUUAAAGUCUGGUUCCAGAACCGCAGGUGCCGGGAGAAGCAGCGGAAGGAGUCGUCGCGGCUGCAGGCGCUGAACCGGAAGCUGACGGCCAUGAACAAGCUGCUCAUGGAGGAGAACGACCGCCUGCAGAAGCAGGCCUCGCAGCUCGUCUACGAGAACGGCUACUACCGCCAGCAGACGCAGAGCGCGGGGCUGACGACGACGGACACGAGCUGCGAGUCGGUGGUCACAAGCGGCCAGCAGAACGUGGCGGGGGCGCAACCGCAGGCUCAGCCGCGCGACGCGAGCCCUGCUGGGUUGAUGUCCAUAGCGGAGGAGACAUUGACGGAGUUUCUGUCCAAGGCCACCGGGACCGCCGUCGAGUGGGUCCAGAUGCCUGGGAUGAAGCCUGGUCCGGAUUCCAUUGGAAUCAUUGCCAUCUCGCAUGGCUGCGCGGGCGUCGCUGCGCGAGCUUGCGGCCUCGUGGGCAUGGAGCCUGCCAAAGUUGCUGAGAUCCUCAAGGAUCGGCUGUUGUGGCUACGCGAUUGCCGUUCCAUGGAAGUGGUGAAUGUUCUGCCUGCGGGUAACAAUGGCACAAUUGAGCUUCUCUACAUGCAGCUCUAUGCCCCCACGACACUGGCACCAGCUCGAGACUUCUGGCUGUUGCGGUACACCUCCAUUCUUGAUGAUGGAAGUUUAGUGGUGUGUGAAAGGUCGCUCAGUAGCAAGCAAGGUGGCCCAAGCAUGCCGCCUGUCCAGCCUUUUAUCAGGGGUGAGAUGCUUCCUAGUGGGUUCUUGAUUCGGCCUAGCGAUGGUGGAGGAAGUAUCAUACACAUAGUUGAUCAUAUGGACUUAGAGCCUUGGAGCGUGCCUGAAGUUGUGCGUCCACUUUACGAAUCCUCUGCAAUGGUUGCCCAGAAGACGUCUAUGGCGGCUUUGCGCUAUCUUAGGCAGGUUGCGCAUGAAGAUACCCAUUCUGUAACUGGAUGGGGACGGCAGCCAGCUGCUUUACGGGCUCUGAGCCAAAAGCUCACCAGAGGUUUCAAUGAAGCUCUCAAUGGGCUUGCUGAUGAUGGAUGGUCUGUGAUUGAAAGCGAUGGUGUUGAUGAUGUUUGUAUCUCAGUUAACUCAUCCCCGAGUAAAGUUAUCAACUGCAAUUCAGCUUUCAAUAAUGGAUUGCCCAUAGUCAGUAGCAGUGUUCUCUGUGCAAAGGCAUCUAUGCUGCUUCAGGAUGUUUCUCCGGCAGCGCUCCUACGGUUUAUGAGGGAACAGCGGUCACAGUGGGCUGACAAUAAUUUAGAUGCAUUCUUUGCUUCUGCAAUGAAACCUAAUUUCUGCAAUUUGCCUAUGUCUCGCCUUGGAGGAUUCAGUGGUCAGGUCAUACUUCCUUUAGCCCACACAUUUGACCCUGAAGAAUUCCUCGAAGUCAUCAAAUUAGGAAAUGCCAGUACUUACCAAGAUGCACUCAUCCAUCGUGAUCUGUUCCUGUUGCAGAUGUACAACGGUGUAGAUGAGAACACCGUAGGCACAUGCUCAGAGCUCAUUUUUGCACCUAUAGAUGCAUCCUUCAGCGAUGACUCCCCUCUCCUGCCUUCCGGUUUCCGCAUCAUUCCCAUCGACUCUCCUCUUGACACAUCUAGCUCCAAGUGCACGUUGGACCUUGCCUCCACCCUCGAGGUUGGCACGCCCCGGAGCCGGAUAUCUGGCAGUGGUUCCGGGAACGCAGCUUGCGCCAGCUCCAAGGCCGUCAUGACGAUCGCGCUCCAGUUUGCCUUCGAGAGCCACCUGCAGGACAGUGUUGCAACCAUGGCUAGGCAGUACAUGCGCAGCAUCAUCGCAUCCGUUCAGAGGAUCGCACUGGCGCUCUCAUCUUCGCGCCUUGUUCCUCAGGUCGGUGGCAUCAGCCACGCUCCAGCCGCCGCCUCAGCUACUCCCGAGGCAGCCACGCUCUCUAGAUGGAUUUGCCAGAGUUACAGGUUUCAUUUUGGGUCUGAGCUCAUCAAAUCUGCUGAUGCCAGUGGCUGUGAAGCAGGGCUAAAAGCACUUUGGCAUCAUGCCAGUGCUAUACUAUGCUGCUCAUUAAAGGCCGUGCCGGUGUUCACGUUCGCGAACCAGUCUGGGCUCGACAUGCUGGAGACGACGCUGGUGGCGCUCCAGGACAUCACCCUGGAGAAGGUGUUGGACGACCAGGGGAGGAAGAACCUGUGCGCGGAGCUCCCCGGCGUCAUGGAGCAGGGGUUCGCGUGCAUCCCCGGCGGCCUGUGCGUGUCGGGCCUCGGCCGGCCGGUGUCGUACGAGAAGGCGCUGGCGUGGAAGGUGCUCGACGACGACAGCGGCGCGCACUGCAUCUGCUUCAUGUUCGUCAACUGGUCCUUCGUUGCAUCGAUGUAGGUCGCUUCGGGGGAAAUCGCACGCGUUAGAUUCACACAUUACGGUGGUGUAAAAUGUUUUUGGUUUGAGCAAAGAAGAAUGUAAAAUGGUCGAAGAACCUAAAUAGCGCUGUACUGUAUUUUGGAUGAGUGGAGAUGGAUUUUGUUCAAUGCACUUACCAUCUUG